AAGUUGAAUCAACUGGGCAUCACAAGCGUUAUUGAUGCAACAAAUAUUCCAAGUAAUCCUCAAUAUCAAGGGAUUGAAUAUCUCAGAACACCGUUGGAUGACGAUGUUAUCUCAAAUAUAACGCAAUAUUUCGUCAAAGUUGCUGAUUUCGUUGAAUCAACCCGAUCAAAGGGCGGUAAAACGUUGAUAUUUUGUGCAGCCGGCAUCAGUCGUUCAGCNGCGCUUUGCAUGAUGUCACUGGUGAUUAACGAGAAGAUGACGUUGAGGGAUUCCUUCUACGAGAUCCAUCAGAAACGUCCUUUCAUUUCACCCAAUAUUGGUUUUUGGCGACAAAUGAUCGAUUUUGAAGAGACACAAAACGGAAAAAGUAGCGUUCGAUUAUUGAGAGGAAUGAGACGACCCUUACCCGAUGUUUACGUCAAUAAACCGCAGACGAACAGCUCAGUCAAAUCAACAUCCUAG